AACCUGUAAAGAACGCCUGAAAGAUGACACUGCGGAGUUCGAGUGUGAAGUUAUGUAAUGGAACUUUGAGAGCGAUAAGAAUGAGUUUUACUGCAGCUGUUAGUCGCAGACUUGAAGGAAAAGUUGCAAUUGUGACGGCAUCCACAGAAGGGAUAGGGUUUGCAAUUGCCAAACAGCUUGCUCAAGAUGGAGCCAAAGUUAUGGUUAGCAGUCGUAAACAAGAUAAAGUUAUGGACACUGUUGUUCAGCUGGAGAAGGAACCAGGUUGUACCGUAAAAGGUGUUGUGUGCCAUGUUGCAAAACCUGAGCAUCGUAAGAAUCUUAUCAAAGAGACACUGCAUCAUUUUGGAGGUAUUGACAUCUUAGUCUCUAAUGCAGCAGCCAACCCUACAUUUGGACCAAUUCUAGAGGUACUGCAAAUUAAAAACAAAACUUACAAAUUAUUGUGCUUGAUACAGUGUAAUUAUCCCUAGUUUGUGAAGGUGGGGGAGAUUACACUAAUGACAGUGACCUCAUGGGCACGACAAUAUAAUUUUUAAAUAAAUACAGAUUCAUUUACUUUUGGUGUGGUGCAGCUGUAAUACCAUAGACCCUUUCCAUAAAUGGCUGCCAAUUU